GCAUGCGCUCAUCGGCUGGGAUGGAGUUCAGGGGAAAAGCGACGAGAAAUCGGUGCAAUUUCACCGAGGGAAAUUGACAGCGGCUGAAAGCGGCGCUCAAACCCGAGCUGCUCCGCUUCGGCCGGGCCGAGAGUUCACCAGCGAUCACUGUUCCCUCUCCCCCGAUCCCCAAAUCCGAGCUGGCAAACUGGGAUCGUCAUCCGCUUUGGGCUCAAAAGGAUUCCAGAUUGCAGGCGAUCGGGAGGAUCGGAAUCUCACUGAAUGACUGGCAGCGAGAGGCAGCCCCAGCGCAGAUCCCAUCGCCGCAUGGCCACCCUCCAGAGCUGGAAUAUCCCUCAGGCAUAGAAGGAGGAGGAGGGGAAAUGACAGAGGAAGCACCGUUCCAUCUGACCAGCCCACAAUCCACCAUCACAGAUAUUAGCACUGCGGAGGGAAGCAGUGCACAUUCAGAGUCGGUUGCACGAGGUGAAGGGCACAGCACCAGAGUGCAGGAGGAGGUGUCAGAGUCAAAGAUAUCUGUGCCCCUUGCGGGAGGGAGAGUAGUGACGAUGAUGCUCCAGCUGGCGUAGAGGAUUUAACGCUUUGUUGAAGGGGUUUCCCAGUCUGGGCUCAGGGCACUGUGAGCACCGACCGCCGUUCCUCCUCAGUGCUGUUACUGUGAGGAUGCAUUCCCUGGAUGAGCCCUUGGAUCUGAAGCUCAGCAUUUCCAAGCUUCGCAUGAUGAGGGGGAAGAAGCAGAAAGGCUUCGAGAGCAUGGAGGAGAGCAGUGCCCGGAGAGAGCUGAAGAUGACAGCUGAUGGAACAGCUAUCAUCACUCCAGCAUCUCCCCAGCCCGUUCAGUCUGGUCCGUCAAUCAGUUCCCAGGAUCAGGAGAAGUUGGACUUGCAUUUCUCUCCUGCUCGGAGCUCGGUCUCCAUUGUGGAUCUCAGCCUGUCUCCAGGCUCUGGUCUUGACUCUCCCCCUGGAUCUGCUACACUGCCUGAGGAACUGCAGAACAGCGAUGAUGCAUCGCCUGGUGUUAGUACCGAGCCACAGCCAAUCCGCUUCCUGGAAGGAAGUCAGAGCUCACAGACAUUCCAGUUCUUCCUGCCACUGGGUUCCAGCAGCCCAGUGCACCUACCAUCCCCCUUGCUGGUGACACCUCCUAAGGAGAUGCCGAACCUGCUGGAGCUCCCCAUGGAACAGCUGGCAUGCAGGUGGCGCAAGUGUAACCAGCUCUUUGAAUCGCUCCAGGAUCUGGUGGACCAUGUGAAUGACUUUCAUGUAAAACCGGAGAAGGAAACUGGAUACUGUUGCCACUGGGAAGGCUGUGCACGGAGAGGAAAGGGAUUCAAUGCCAGGUACAAGAUGUUGAUUCACAUCCGAACUCACACCAAUGAGAAGCCUCAUCGCUGCCCCACCUGUAACAAGAGUUUCUCUCGCCUGGAGAAUCUGAAAAUCCAUAACCGCUCACACACAGGUGAGAAGCCCUACAUCUGCCCUUACGAAGGCUGCAAUAAACGAUACUCCAACUCCAGUGACCGUUUCAAACACACCCGGACACAUUAUGUGGACAAACCAUAUUACUGCAAGAUGCCCGGCUGCCAUAAGAGGUACACGGAUCCUAGCUCCCUCCGCAAGCACAUCAAAGCUCACGGACACUUUGUGACCCCAGAACAACAGGGAAUGCUGAAACUUCGACAGUCAACCAAGAAUCCAGUGACAUCAGAUAUGCCUUACUUAAAUGGGACGCAGAUCAUCAUUCCAAAUCCAGCAGCCAUCUUUGGAAACCAUCCCCUCCAGGCACUGGGGGCCUCGCUGCCAAUUCCGAUACACCCUGCACCUCUGGACCUCAGCCCCUUGACCUGUGGCACUGUUGGAUCUGCUGCAAUCACAGCCAUUCCUAGCUCUGUCAUUUCUCUCAAUAGCACUCCAAUAAACCUAACCAAGACAUCUUUAAUGGCAUCGCCAUUUUCUGCAAGCACCCUUGGACUUCCGUUGAUGUCCUUGGUGGCUGGCUCUCACAGCAACCUCGAAAGACUAUCGGCAUCAAAAGGGAAAACAGCAGGUUGUAGAAAACGGGAUGGGAUUGUCAAAGAUCAUCCUUCAGAAAAAGGAUUGUAUGAAAGGGUUGAGGCUCGACUAAGACCUACGACAGAAAGCUUCUCGAUGCAUCCAGGAGCUGUGAUAGACUUGUCAAGUGGCAUAAGCACCCUUCCUGGUGCUGACUCUCUCCCUCCUGGUUGGGUGGUCAUUCCUCCAGGGUCAGUAUUGCUCAAACCAGCUGUUGUAAACUGAAUUUGGUCAAGUCAACUACUGCUGUAGUGUCCACCAACAGAGGCAACAAUUCAAACAAGCCUGGGGUUACCAGGCCUCUACUGAGGUUAAAAAAAAGACCGCUGAGACUUUACCAAACCCUCUCUCUUGGUUUGAAUACAUCAGCCAAUUUUAUUUUAUCUUCAAACUAAAAGAAAAUGGAUGAUAGUGACCAACACUUUGAAUUCUCACACUGAAUUCUCAAGGCAGCAAGUGCAGAUUUUACUCCAGGGGGAGAUACUCUCAGCAUCUCAUUACUCAGUCCUUCUCAUUGAAAGUCCUUAUGAACUGAAGACUCAAAGCUUGCACAAGUCUGAUAAUAACCAGAUGCAAAUGAUGUGGUGACACUAAUUAAAUUAUAAAUGGGGGACUUUCAGCUCCUCUGGGUGCUUAGGAUUGCUGUCUUAUGUUACUUCAAGUAGCAAAGAUCUCUUUUUGUUACAUACCAGCUCAUUGAGAUAGGUCAAUCAGAAUAUUUAUCAAUAAUUGGGAGCAAAACAUGAAGUCUGUCAACAGAUGAACGUCAAAAUUGCGGUCAUGCAGUUUAGAUAAUUUUGACUUCAUUGAUGAGAAAAAAUGGAUUUGGCACCAGAAUGAUUAUUAGGAUGC